UUUCACUCGACGGGCAAAGUGUUGUUCGUGUCGGCGGUCAUACCUAUCGUACUCUACAGUCUCGUUGUCCUCCGGUUUGUCGAGCAAUGGGGGGACGGCGUGAGCGACAUAUUCCAGACCACGGGACAGCCCUUCCUAUUAGACUCAAUGUCCUGGCUAUUGGCCAGUCGUGAGGCCUUCCUAAUAUGGGUGGCGUUCAGUGCCGUCGCACUAAACAUCCAGUCCCACAACCGGUCGUCCCAUAACAUCAUCAAACAAAUACUGGUGCUCUUCGUAUUGGUCACCAUAAUACUGGUGCUGAGCGCCUGUAUGUUUGCCGCGUGUAUGCGUACUCUCAAGACCAAGGGCUUGGCGUACAUCCCGUCCUCCUAUGAGGAGAUAUCGUCCAUAAACUUCUUACGGGAGGCCAGCGAUCAUACCGGCCCUCCCGGUGCU